CCAGGACGUAAAAAAAUCCUCGUUCACGGCUUGAUUGUUGAAUCCGGAACCAGAUUUUCAUCUCUAAUUUUCCAAACAGAGUUCGCAGGAUUAAUUUAGUCGGCAUAUUCUAAACUGCUGUUCAGUAGCUGAUCACACAAAUGGAAAAGCUGAAGGAGGCUUUGCAUUUUACCUGCUCAUCUAAUUUCUGGAGGAUGGCUUUGUUUUGGAACAUUGCCCUCCUUUUUUCUUACUUUGAAUUGCUUAAAAGAAGGAUCUAUGGCUCAAAAUCAAGUUACUCUUCGUCCUCCAAUCAUUCAUGGAAUACUUCACAGAGACCUAUCUGUAUUGUCACUGGUGCUACUUCGGGGAUAGGUAAGGCCACUGCCUUCGCUCUUUCAAGGAAGGGGUUCUACGUCAUUCUUGUUGGACGGUCCUCCCACAUACUAUCAAAGACGAUGAGUGAAAUUAAGAGGCAGAAUGAGGAUGCCCUACUCAAAGCUUUUGAAGUUGACAUGUCUUCUUUUCUAUCAGUAUUAAAGUUCAGAAACUCUCUAGAGCAAUGGCUUUUAGAAUCAGAAUUACAAUCUUCAAUCCAACUUUUGGUGAACAACGCUGGAAUACUGGCAACAUCGAGUCGGCCAACCGUUGAAGGCUUUGACAGGAUGAUCGCUACAAAUUAUAUCGGUGCAUUCUGUUUGACAAAACUUCUUUUACCGCUUCUGAGAAACAGCCCUGUGCCUUCACGAGUCGUGAAUGUUACAUCGUUCACUCAUCGUUCUGCUUUUUCUGGGAGGUUUGACAAGGAUUCUGUUACGGGAGUAUUGUACUCUUCGGUAUCAAAGCAAUAUCCUUGUGCUAGGAUUUAUGAGUAUUCUAAAUUAUGCCUGCUAUUUUUCUCAUACGAGCUGCAUAGGCAGCUUCGCCUCACGGAUGAUUCUCAUCACGUCUCUGCUGUGGCGGUAGAUCCAGGAGCAGUAAAAACAAACAUAAUGCAUGAGCUUCCUUCAUAUAUACAAGUUAUGGCGUUUUUCUGUCUCAAGAUUCUUAGGCUCAUGCAGUCCCCAGAGGAUGCAGCUGUAUCCAUCGUUGAUGCUGCUUUGGCUCCACCUGAAAUGUCAGGCAAAUAUUUCUUUGGAGGAAACGGGAGGACCAUUGAAUCUUCAGCGAUUUCCCGUGAUCCGAAACUUGCUAAGGAACUCUGGGACACAUCAUGUCUCAUAUUCAACGAAUUGCAGCAAACUCACGCUUGAAUAUCAACUUUUUUAUAUACAUUUGCAAUUCGUUGGUGAUGACAUAAUCAUAGGACCCAAACUGUAGGACCUUUCUGAUUUGUUUUCUAGAAUCUUCUAGAAGUGUCACAGGGAAUCUUGGAAUGUGGCCUCACUUCUUCUUGUCAAUUUUGAAGUUCUUAGUUCAGAGAAUCAUAGAUAUUGGGCACAAAAGAAAUCGAAAAGAAUCUUCCUUAGAUUGCGUCUAAUAAAUGUCAAAAAAAAAAAGAUUGCGUCUAAUAAGUACGUGUUCCAAGAACGUUGGGAGAGUAUGACGAGCCUCUCAGUUGAAUCAUUCCCUGGUUUCUCUCAAUUGAAUCAUUGUCUCGCUUAAUUAAGGUGACGAAAGUUUCCUUUUGAGGCUGGCACGAUUAGUUAUGAUUAUACUUCUGCCUUCUUCUUUUUUGUCAACAUCAUUUCUUUGUAGUCCUGUCUUUAUUCAUCACAUUUGCUCCAUCAUGCUUUGAUCGAUGAUGAUUGUAUGUGUAUACAGAGGAUUUCCAUCUUUUCCUUAAAAUAAUUAAUUUUCA